AUGAGAGAAGCAGUGGAGAAGAAUCUAUUCAGAGGAUUCUCAGUGGGCACAAACAAUGUGAAAAUCAGCAUCCUACAAUAUGCUGACUACACAAUAUUUUUCGGUGAGGCAUCAAUGGAGAAUGUCAAGACAAUCAAAGCUGUUUUGAGGACCUUUGAACUUGUAUCAGACCUCAAAAUUAAUUUUGCAAAAAGCUGUUUUGGAGCAAUUGGGAUGCCGGAUCAGUGGAAGCAUGAUGCUGCAAAAUACAUAAACUGUAGCUUGUUGUUCAUACCGUUCAUAUACUUGGACAUACCAAUUGGGGCAAACCCAAGGCGAUGUCAGUUGUGGGAUCUUAUCAUUAAUAAGGUUCCUAAUAGAAUGGUGGACAAGUUGGUGAGUAUACAACGCCGAUUCUUAUGGGGUGGCGGAAUUGAGCAAAAAAAGAUUGCGUGGAUUAGGUGGGAUACAGUGUGCCUUCCAAAGGAAAAAGAGGGAUUAGGCCUUAAGGACAUUAAGACAUUCAAUCCUGCACUGCUUGGCAAAUGGAAAUUGAGUCUAUGUCAGCACCAAGUAGAAUUAUGGGCUAGGGUAUUGGAUUUGAAAUAUGGUGGGUGGAGGAGCAUGGAUGAAGUAACAAGAGGCACCAAUGAAUCUAUAUGGUGGCAAGACCUAAAAAUGGUUCUCAUUAAUCGCAACAGGGCAAUGAUUUUCAAAAUGGAAUAG